AUGCAGGCGCGUCCUUCCCUUAUUAUCGUAGCCACUGGUGCAAACAUUGCAAACACUACAAAAACUGCUCGCCUCGAAGUUAAAUAUCAGGUGACAUCAUCCAAGUUUCUCUUCAAGUUUCGAGGCAACAUCAACUCCAUCGAUUUCGACUCACACCAGACAACAUUUGGACUACGACCGAGUUUCCUUCAGUUCCUGCGGUGA